AUGCCUUCAGUAACAAAAGACGAUCUUCAAGUUGGUUGUAAGGUUCUUUAUCGUCCGAUCGGUGGCAGCGAGACAACUUCGGAAGGAAUCGUAAAGGCGGUUAUCGACGAGCCCGAGGUUGUUGGCAACAGUCAAGUCGAGGUUAAAGCCUCCAAAGAACAUCCAAGGGUUUUAAUUGAAAAUUGUAACACUCACAAGGAAACCGCCUAUAAGCUUGAAAACAUCGAAAGAGUCAUUGAAGCCUAG